AUGGAGCCGGUGAGCUCUGAAACUGUAAACGAAAGCUCCCCAUCGCCGUCUCGUGAAGAUGGGGCAAAGCUCGCCACCGCUUGUCCUGAGCGGGACUCGGUAGUCCCGCCUUACUGGCAGAGGCACGAGCGCAAUGGUAGUCGUCUGAGCUCGUAUAUCUCUGACGCUGGAUCUCGCAUUGUGCUCGAGGAUCACACCGACGAGAGCUCGGAGCAGUGCAAAGUGCUUUGGGCAAAGCACGUAACGAUUGAUGAUUAUGUGGUCGUCAGCGGCACAGCACCAGGACUGGGUGCUUACUCUCCCGGCCAGUACGUGGUGUGGAACUGCACAGUUGAGACACUCGAUGGCGGUCCGAUGAAGAUACGUAAGAGGUACUCUGAGUUCGAAGACCUCCAUCAGAAGCUCCUCAAGACGUUCCCUCAUGCUGUGGGUUCCAUGCCACAGUUUCCACCGAAAUCAGUAGUGUCUCGAUUCAGGCCGAGGUUUCUAGAAAGGCGAAAGCAGGGUCUUUCGUACUUCUUGAACUGCGUCCUGCUCAACCCGGAGUUUGCGGGAUCACCGGUCCUGAAGGAAUUCUUGUUCUCGUGA